UUUUCUCAUAUGUCAGUUCCUCUCUGAGCUUCUUUCACAUUUGUUUCUGCUCAUUUACCCAUUGCCUUAUACGUCCACUGGACAUCUUUUUUGCUGCUGCAGAAUGGGACCGGCGAGCCUUAGCUUGGCCCUCCUCAGCCUCUCGUUCUGCUGGGCUCAGAUGUCCAACCCGGACGGCGGGAGGCCGUCCUGCAGAAGCUGCGACCUGCGGCUCUCCUGUAACUGCUCCUGCAGAGGAUUCACCCAGGUUCCCUCUGUCACGGACCGAGCCCUGACCCUUGACCUCUCCUUUAACAACAUCACCACGGUGACCGGAGACGACCUGACAGGACACGCCAGGCUCAAGGCUCUGAGUCUCCGCGGAAACAGACUAGCUGUGGUGGACCCGUCGGCGUUUGACUCUCUGUCGGGUCUGAAGGAGCUCGAUCUGUCCAACAACCAGCUGAGUGCUCUCAACCACAAAUGGUUCAGAAAACUAGAAGCUCUGGUGGAACUCAACCUGCUCAACAAUCCAUACAGCUGCCUGGGGCCUCGACCGUUAUUCGAGGGGCUGAUCAGGCUGAGGAGGCUGGGCUUCGGAGGGCCGGCGUUGGAGGAGAUAAAGAGAGGAGAUCUGUCUGGAGUCACUCAGCUGGAGGAGCUCACCGUGUACGCCAACAACCUGAAGAGACACGAGUCCGGGGCUUUAGGGGACGUUUGGCCGUUGGGUCACGUCACCUUGAACCUCCACACUCCGUUUUUAACAAACACCUCCUUAGCCUCGGCGGUUCUUGCGGACGUGUCGUACCCGGAGACGCCGAUCCUUCUCGAAGACAUCCAUCUGAUCGGGAAUGAGUCCGUUCAGCCCUUCAGAGAGCCGGCCAGGAGGAGAGUCAGGCAAUUGGCGUUCCACAACUUUUCCGUGUCUGAUGAGGCCAUUGUUAACCUCCUGGUGGUGUGGGAUGGCGUGCCGCUCACCUCCCUGCAUCUGGACGGUGUCACCCUGACCGGCGAGGGCAGAUGGGAGCGAGCCCAUCAUACGGAUCACAAAAGUUUUGAUGAGUUCUUUGUAAGAAACGUCGUGGUGCUGAAUGUCUUCAAGUUUGUCUCGUUUCUGGAGCUGGGCUUUCUGCUGUACUACCCCAGAAAGGUGUCCGUCAUCAACGCUCAGGUGUUUGUGAUGCCCUGUAAGACCUCACAUUUGCUAAGGAGCCUGCAGUACCUGGACCUGUCCGACAACCUGCUGACUGAGAUGACUCUAGUGGAGACACUCUGCAAUGGAGACGGCUCCCUGAAGGACCUCCGGGUUUUAAAUGUCAGCGGCAACGCUCUGCAGUCUUUGUCCACAAUGAGCCGGCAGGUAACAAAGCUCUCCAAACUGACCCACCUGGACAUCAGCAGGAACGGAUACAGCUCCAUGCCCCCCAGCUGCUCCUGGCCCUCCACCCUGCGAUACCUAAACAUCUCAAGGGCCAAACUCACAACCAUCACGCCCUGUCUACCUGUAACUCUGGAGGUACUGGAUCUGAGCUACAACAAUCUCAAAAGCUUCAUAUUGGUGCUGCCUGUCCUGAAAGAGCUCCACCUCUCUGGGAACAAGAUACUGAGGCUGCCUCCUGGACUGCUGUUUCCCAAUCUGCAAACACUGACAAUGCAGUCAAACACCUUGAACAUGUUCGGACGUUCAGACCUUCUGUUGUACAAAAAGCUGCAGGACCUCCAGGCUGGCCAGAACAAGUUCGUCUGCUCCUGUGACUUUGUCGACUUCCUCCAGUCGGCCUUAAAAGGAGGUGAAGUUGUGCAGUUAAGUGACGGAGAGGAGAGCUACGUGUGCGACUCUCCUCUCUCCCUGCAGGAUAAACCAGUGGCUGGAGUCCACCUCUCCGUCCUUGAGUGCCACCGAGUCUUGUGUGUGUCUUUGAGCUGCGGGUUGGCGCUGUUAUUUGGGAAUGUAACCUUCUACCUGCUGUGGCGCUUCCACGCCUUCUGGUUCCUCAAGAUGAUGUUGGCGUGGCUGAGGGCCAAGCAUAGCUCCAAGCGCCGGCGUCGACACCUGGACGGAGAAUCAGACGGGUUGCUGUCUUAUGACGCCUUCGUGUCCUACAGUGAGAGAGACGCGAGCUGGGUGGAAAACUUCUUGGUGCCGGAGCUGGAAGAGCCAAGGCAGAGCGAUGAAGACUCUGCGACCCGGACGCCCCCCCGGCCUCUGACCCUGUGCCUCCACAAGCGGGACUUCCUUCCCGGAAAAUGGAUUAUGGACAACAUCAUUAGCGCCAUGGAGCGCAGCCGCCGGACCGUCUUCAUCCUCUCUGAAAACUUUGUCCAGUCCGACUGGUGCCGCUACGAGCUGGACUUCUCCCACUUCCAACUUUUUGACGGCAAGGCCGGCGGAGAGGUGGCCAUCCUGAUCCUGCUGGAGCCGCUGUCCAAGGACGACAUCCCCAAACGCUUCUACAAACUGCGCAAACUCAUGAGCUCCACCACCUACCUGGAGUGGCCUCAGGACGAGGAGAAGACCGGGGAGUUCUGGAGGAGUCUCCACCAAGCUUUGAGAGGAGGAGAAGAGGACGACGACGACUGAAAGUGAGCACAACAUGACCAAUAAGGUAAAAAUAUAGAACAAAAGCAGCAGUGAAAGGAAGAAAAAGAAAAGAU